AUGUGGCCAUUCUCCUCCUCCAACACCGCUGUUAUAGCCGCCAAACGCCAACAACAGGUCCAGGCGCUGGAAGGGUCUGCAAAUGCUAAUGCCGCGCUUGACGGUGACCAGGGACAGUAUCUCAAGGCAACCGCUCCUGAGAUUGUCUCCCGCAUUCAAAGUGGAGAGUGGACCGCGUCGCGCGUUCUGGAAGCCUACAUUGCUCGAGCAGCUUUUGCCCAUUCCAAGACCAACUGUUUGACUGAAGUGUUCUUCGACCGCGCACGAGAGCGAGCGAAGGAACUGGACGCCUACUUUGCUGAGACUGGGAAGCUGAAGGGCCCUUUACAUGGUGUACCAAUUAGUAUCAAGGAUCAAUUUAAGAUUGAGGGACUGGAUGGUUCCAUUGGUUUCUCAAACUGGUUGAAUCAACCUGCCACCUCCAAUGCUGACAUCAUCAAAUACCUUUUGGAUGCCGGCGCCGUUCUCUAUGUCAAGACCAACGUCCCCCAAACCAUGUUCGCCUUCGAGUGCAGCAAUCCUGUGUUCGGGCGCACAACUAACCCUUACAACGACGCGUACACCUGCGGCGGAAGUUCAGGUGGUGAGGGUGCUCUUAUCGCUUUGGACGGCUCCCCGCUGGGCAUUGGAACGGAUAUUGGAGGCAGUCUGAGAAUCCCUGCCACAUAUUGUGGCAUUUAUUCGUUGAAACCGGGAUAUGGGAGAAUUUCCUACUUCGGAGCUAGGGGGCCUGUUCCCGGGUUUGACGGGAUCAGGACCGUUGCUGGUCCUAUGGGAAGAUCCGUUGAAGACCUUGUGCUGCUUUCUCGGACGGUAUUUGGUCUCCCUGGAACGGCCAAUGAUAUCCCGCCUGUGCCCUUCAAAGAUGUGACACUCCCUGCCAAACUCAAGUUCGGGUACUAUACAUCAGAUGGCUAUAUUAAGGCAUCCCCCACUUGCAAGCGCGCCGUCCUCGAGACAGUCGAGGCUCUCAGGAAGCAGGGUCACGAAUGUGUUGAGGUCGAGCUUCCAGACAUCAGCGAAGCAUGCAACAUAUUUGUUGGUCUCACUUCAAGCGACGGUUACAAGACUAUGCUCAGUAACUUAGGGCCAGAUAAGAAGGAACCCGCACUCUUCUUGGUUACCCUGGGCCCCAAGCUUCCUUCUUUCGUCAGGGGCUUUGCUGCCUGGGUAUUGGAGACAUUCAUGGGUGACAAGACUUUCUCCGACACCAUCAGAUCGGCGCGAGUGAAGGGCGUUGACGAAUACUGGGCUCUUUCAGCAGCACGAGAUGCGUUUGCGCUGAAAUUCCAGGAACAGGUGCUGAACAAGUACCAAGUGGAUGGUAUAAUCGCACCAGUCCAAGCUCUUCCCCAGUUGCCUCACGGCGGCUGCGACAACUUCUCCGCCCUCGCCAUCGGAACCAUUCUUUACAACGUCCUCGACCUUCCCGUCGGAUGCUUGCCAGCCACCCGUGUUGACCCUGCCAAGGAUCAAAUCACCAAGGAGUGGGAGAGUGAGCCGGGGCACGGCUCUACCGUCUUCGAGAAGGGUAUUUACUAUGGCAAGAAGAAGCUAUAUGAUCCCGAGUCGGCAAAAGGCAUGCCUGUGAAUAUCCAGAUUGCAGGCAGGAAGUGGGAGGACGAGAAGGUGUUGGCCAUGAUGAAGGUGGUCGAUGAGGCGUUGGGCAAGGAGCGUGGAUUUGGACCCGGGGCGUAUGAUAAGUGGGCCGGAGGAGAGUCUCAGUGA